AUGGCUCACACGACUGGCGAGUCGACAUCUUCCAGCAAAACACCAUCCACAGAGGUUGCGAAACCGACACCUCCUACGCUGCAAGUGGUGUUUCCAACAGGUUCAACAGUAGAGUCUGUCACGUCGUUGAAUAGCCCGCAGCGAACAACUCCUCACAUCCUUGGUGCGGUAUCCCGUUCCUUCCUUGAGCAACAAUCGCUGCUGGACCCGCCUCCUUUGUCUACAAACGUUCGCAUAUCAUCUACCGGCUAUGACAGUCUAUAUCCUGGAGCUCUAUUCGAGGGAAUGCAAACGAACAGGUCGAGGGAGCACCGAGUCUCUGUGCGGAUUGUCGAUGUCAAUCCACUACAGUCGACUCUCGCUGGGUUCCUCACUAUCCACGACCUCACGGAUCAACACCCAGAGAUUACUACGUUUUUCGACGGCCAGAUUAUUGGACAGCAGUAUGGGUUCAUGACACAAGACUGGGGCGCGAAUGUGCACGUCGACACCACCCACUGGCAGCGAUUCCCGCAGUAUCAUCACAUUCAUCCGUCCGAACUGGCCAAGCCCAAACUGACCUUCAAGAAUCCGGCUUCCUCAGCCGAUCGAGGAUUCCUCUUUAUGCGCUGGAAAGAGAGGUUUUUGGUCCCAGAUCAUCGGGUGCGCUCCAUCAAUGGGGCCUCGUAUGCUGGCUUUUACUAUGUGUGCAUCGAGUUCGACUCGUCAAUGGGUAAUCUUCACGCCGAUGUACUCAAUUAUCACCCUCCACGUGAUAUUGAGGAAGAGGAAGAGGAAGAGGAAGAAGCAGACUGCGAUGCAGACAUGGCUGACGGUGCGCACACCGGAGGGCAAUUAGCAUCUGGGGUAGGGGGCGAGCUUCGCCAAAGAAGAGUCCGGCGAAGUACAUCGCGACAGCCUCUGCAUCUAGAGGACGACAAGUCGCCGUCCAGGGCCUACGCAUACGGGACCUCGCCCUAUGCCUCGACCUCUUACGCACCUUCUACGAGCCCCGUGACUGGAGCAAACAGGAUUAGGCGAGCAAGUGGUGCAGGCUCGAGCAUGGGCCGUCGACGCCGUUUGAGCAUCUAUACCGCUGGCUCCGUCCCGGCCCAUGUUCACGACCAUGGACACCACUCGCACGCAUCUCCGUCGAGCUCUACUUUCUCUCACGGAGGUAGGAGAUCAGAAAUGGACGAAGACUCGCGAGAAAUGACGCUCGAAGAGGCACUGGCUCUUGACCUCUCCGUUGAGCAGCGUGCCAGGAACAGAGCGCGCCAGGGGACGGAGGACUCGAAAUCUAGGUCACGCUCCGCUUCUCGCUACAGGUCGGUGGAGCGCUCUCGGCGGGAUGAUGAAGAGUACGAUGGCGGUUAUCCCUAUGCGUAUGGCAAGAAGUCGGUCAUGCCAGCGCGUUUGACUGGAUUCUAUUACCACUCGGAGAAGGAAAUCUGUGAUAUGUACCAAAAGCUCGAGCUUCACCACGUUCCAGAGCGAACCAAGGGGUGUUUCGAGUUCCGGUAA